AUGCGCGGCCUAUCGCCAGAAGAUGCCGCAAGCAUUAUCGCCAUCGAGAGGGCGUGUUCGGCCCUCUCGCUGGUAGGCUGCCUCUUUGUCCUGGUGACUUUCUCCCUUUCCGAUGCCUUCCGCCAGCGUGCCAUCAACCGGAUGGUGUUCUACGCGACCUUCGGUAACAUGUUAACCAACGUGGCGACCCUGAUGACGACGAGUUUCACACACAAUGUCGAUUCCUUUGGCUGUCAACUGCAGGGGUUUCUAAUCCAAGUCUUCAUGCAGGGCGACGCUUACUGGGCCCUGGCCAUGGCCAUCAACGUUUACCUCACUUUCUACCACAAAUAUGACGCGAGAAUGCUGAGAAAAAUGGAGAUUCCGUAUCUCUUUUGCUGUUAUGGGAUCCCCUUCAUCCCGGGGUUCACCUUCAUCUUCGUCUCAAACCAACACGCGGGCAGACCAUAUGGCGACGCCGUGUUGUGGUGCUGGCUCAAGUCAGAAUGGGAAGUCUACCGCAUUGCCACAUUCUACGGCCCUAUUUGGGUGGCCAUCAUCGCCGCCAUGAUCAUCUACAUCCGCGCAGGCCGCGAGAUCUACCGCAAACGCCGCAAGAUGCUGAACUUUAGCUCAACCGGAACCGGCACCGCCAUCGGCAACGACACCUUUUCCCCCGAGUUCUCCUCGGUCUUCAACUACAAGACCACCGAGGUGACUCAAACCACCGAGAUCAUUCAAGCACCCGUCGCCACCGCAGACCCAAGCUCCGGCCACCCCAACCAAAAACCAUCCUACUCGGUCACCAUCUCAGCCGACGCCCACGCCGCCAACCAGCUGCACAUGCGCCCCUCCCUCGAAGACGCCAUCCACCACGACGACGCCGCCACCGGCACCGCCACCCUGACCAACGCCCCCACCCAAAACGACAGCAGCAGCAGCCAACGCAGCCGCGUCCUCUCCACCACGCAAAUCUCCAUCGCGCCCACCAUCACCGCCUCCGCCACCCUCACCACCACCUGUCACCCCCACAACACCACCACCACCGCUACGGGAGCAGGCACCGACUUCCGCGCCCACCGCCGACGCAACUACUACGAAUCCCACAACGCCACCUGGUCCUACACCAAGUGCGCCAUCCUCUUCUUCUCGGUCCUGCUCAUCACCUGGAUCCCCUCCUCGGGCAACCGGGUCUACAGCAUGCUGCGCGCGGGCGACGUCUCCAAGCCGCUGUUCUUUGCGAGCGCGUUCGUGCUGCCGCUGCAGGGGUUUUGGAAUGCGAUUAUUUAUGUGGUCACGUCGUGGGCGGCGUGUUGUAGUCUGUGGGGGGAGUGUGUGGCGGGAGUGAGGGGGGUGUGGUGGGGUGGUGGUGGUGAUGGGUUUGGGGGUGGGUUGUUGUGGUGGUGGAGGAGGGGAAGUGUGGUGGAGAUUACGGAUGUGAGGAGGAGGGGGAGUGGGUUGAGGCAGGGUGGGAAUGGUGGUGGGAAUGGUGGUGGUGGUGGUGGUGGGGUGGUGGGUUUGUGGGUGGGUAGGAAGGACAUGAGGAGGGAGAGUGAGAGUACCAGCAUGGAAGACUUGACUGCUGAGGGGAGGGUCGAAAGGGGGUCGUCGGCUGUGUGA